AUGUAUGGUGAAUAUCAAAGGAAGAAAAAGAUGAAAAAGCAAAGGAAUAAAGAGGAAAAGGAGGACUUUAGAGGGAAAAGUUGUAGCUGGUGUACCAUCAACUGUGGUCGGUGUACCGUCAACUGUGGUCGUGGACCAUCACCUGUGGUCGGUGUACCGUCAACUGUGGUCGUGGACCGUCAACUGUGGUCGGUGUACCAUCAACUGUGGUCGUGGACCGUCAACUGUGGUCGUGGACCGUCACCUGUGGUCGGUGUACCGUCAACUGUGGUCGUGGACCGUCAACUGUGGUCGGUGUACCAUCAACUGUGGUCGUGGACCGUCAACUGUGGUCGGUGUACUGUCACCUGUGGUCGGUGUACCGUCAACUGUGGUCGGUGUACCGUCACCUGUGGUUGGUGUACCGUCAACUGUGGUCGGUGUACCGUCACCUGUGGUCGGUGUACCGUCAACUGUGGUCGGUGUACCGUCACCUGUGGUCGGUGUACCGUCAACUGUGGUCGGUGUACCGUCAACUGUGGUUGGUGUACCGUCAACUGUGGUCGGUGUACCGUCAACUGUGGUCAGUGUACCGUCAACUGUGGUCAGUGUACCGUCAACUGUGGUCGGUGUACCGUCAACUGUGAUCGGUGUACAGUCAUCUGUGGUCGGUGUACCGUCAACUGUGGUCAGUGUACCGUCAACUAUGGUCGGUGUACCGUCAACUGUGGUCGGUGUACCUGUACCGUCAACUGUGGUCGGAGUACCGUCAACUGUGGUCGGUGUACCGUCAACUGUGGUCGGUGUACCGUCAACUAUGGUCAGUGUACCGUCAACUGUGGUCGGUGUACCGUCAACUGUGGUCGGUGUACCGUCAACUGUGGUCAGUGUACCGUCAACUGUGGUCAGUGUACCGUCAACUAUGGUCGGUGUACCGUCAACUGUGGUCAGUGUACCGUCUACUGUGGUCAGUGUACCGUCAACUGUGGUCAGUGUACCGUCAACUGUGGUCGGUGUACCGUCAACUGUGGUCGGUGUACCGUCACCUGUGGUCGGUGUACCGUCAACUGUGGUCGGUGUACCGUCAACUGUGGUCGGUGUACCGUCAACUGUGGUCGGUGUACCGUCAACUAUGGUCAGUGUACCGUCAACUGUGGUCGGUGUACCGUCAACUGUGGUCGGUGUACCGUCAACUGUGGUUGGUGUACCGUCAACUGUGGUCGGUAUACCGUCAACUGUCGUCGGUGUACCGUCAACUGUGGUCGGUGUACCGUCAACUGUGGUCGGUGUACCGUCAACUGUGGUCGGUGUACCGUCAACUGUGGUCGGUGUACCGUCAACUGUGGUCGGUGUACCGUCAACUGUGGUCGGUGUACCGUCAACUGUGGUCGGUGUACCGUCAACUGUGGUCGGUGUACCGUCAACUAA